GAAGUUUCAGAUCUUCUAGCUAAAGAUCAUCACCUAUCUCUAAUACUUUAGAGCCUUAACUUAGUACCCUUUUACAAGAAAAAUGGGUGCUGGACAACGUCAACGUCGUCGUCUUGCUGAGGAGGCAGCUGCCGCAGCAGCUUCCGCUGCAUCUCCCUCCGAAUCCUCCAUCUUUGACUCCUCCGCCGCCGAAUCCGUUUCCGCAUCCUCCUCUCCGGUCAGCUAUUCUCCUAUCGACUCUCCUGCUUCCAGCCUUUGCUCCCCGGAAAUUUUGCCCGCUGACGAUACCGAUACCGAUGAGGUAGUGAAAGCCUUAGCAUCCGUCUCCCUCGUUGAGGCAAAGAACACGGUACCAGUAAAGCCAUAUGUCUUUAUCGCUAUUGACCUCGAAGCCAAUACGCACGAAUACACAUGUUUUGCUAAUAAUAAGACCUACACUCGCGGUACGCCAACCCAAAUCGGCAUCUCAAUUCUUCGGGCCAAUGGAAAUAAUGCGGCUCUAUUUGCGAACAAUCCCGACUCCUCGGCUGGUACUCAUUACCGCCACCUCAAGUUUAAGGAAUUCGCAAAGUAUAGAACCAGAAUUGGGAAAUUGAAGGCUGGGGAAAAGGUCGAAUUCCUGUACGGUCAAACUGAGGUUGUUCCGCUCGCUAGAGCAAACAGCCUGAUCGCAAAACUCAUAGAAGAUGAGAGCAAACACGGGCAAGUGGUUCUAGUUGGUCAUGCUAUCCAAAAUGAUCAAAAGAUCUUGGCUAUGGGGGGAAUCACAGCUUUCGACGCCCUUUUCCCAGAAGCCCUAGAUACCCAAGCCAUGCACCUGUCACCGGGAAGUAAGCAGGGCAGAAGCUUAAUUAACUUGGUGCUGGGCUACAACAGUGCCGUCGAAACAGGCUGGCAGCACAAUGCCGGCAACGAUGCAGCCUGGACCCUCUGGGUCAUGGCUAAGAAAUUGCCAGACAUUCUCAAGCUCUCAGCAUCUGGCGAGGAGAUGGUCAUCAACACAUCCAAGACUCUUCAAUUCCCAGGAAGAGCACAAUAUGACUACGAUGACGAGACGAAUGUUUACUGGUAAUCAUCGAUCCUGCGGGAUGUAUUCUGCUUCAGUGUCAAGGCUUGUCUGUGACUGCACGGAGUUACAGGACAGAGGUUUUGGGUGGUGCUUUUUUGGGGCUGGGGAGGGGGAGGAGUUCUUUUUUGGUUUUUUGGGAGGCUUUCUAGUUUUUCAUAUGGGUCUAUUUGUUUUUGCACAUAUUGUAAAGUUGUAUUUUUCAGGUAUAAUAAGUCGUAAAUUGACGGCCA